CCUAUCCAUAACCCACCCCCAAACUGCACUAAAAAUCAACCCUCUUUUCCUCCUCUCAUAUUUCUUCAGUUUUUGUGAAUUGAAGGAAUUAAUUGGAAAAGAGGUGAUUAUAAAAGGAAUUAAUGGAAUUGGUGAAUUCAGUGCUGAAUUUUGUGGUACCACCAGCAAGUUUGGUGAUGUUGGCAUGUGCAUGGCCAGCUUUGACUUUCAUCAACACAUGUGAAUGGCUUUACAACACUUUCUUUGGUGAUGAUAUGGAGGAUAAAGUUGUUAUUAUCACUGGUGCUUCUUCUGGUAUUGGCGAGCAAAUUGCAUAUGAAUACGCAAAGAGGAGAACAAAUCUUGUCUUGGUUGCAAGGAGAGAAAAUAGACUCUGGGGAAUCCGAGAGAAAGCUAGGCAACUAGGUGCAAAAAAUGUCCUGAUAACGGCUGCAGAUGUUGUCAAAGAAGAUGAUUGUAGGAGAUUCAUCACUGAGACUGUAAACUUUUAUGGGCGCGUGGAUCAUCUUGUGAACACAGUAAGCUUGGGACAUACUUUCUACUUGGAAGAAGCCACGGAUACAAAUGUGUUCCCCAUUUUGAUGGAUAUCAAUUUCUGGGGAAAUGUGUAUCCUACCUACGUAGCUCUUCCUUACCUGCGGCAAACCAGAGGCCGAGUCAUUGUGAAUGCGUCAGUGGAGAACUGGUUACCCUUGCCAAGAAUGAGCUUAUAUUCAGCAGCUAAAGCCGCAGUUAUAAACUUUUAUGAGACCCUAAAGUUAGAGGUGAAGGAUGAUGUCGGGAUCACAAUAGCGACACACGGAUGGAUUGGGACUGAAAUAACAAGGGGAAAACUCAUGAUGGAUGAAGGUGCGGAUAUGCAGUGGAAGGAAGAAAGGGAAGUUCGUGCAUCCGGAAGUUCAGUGGAGGAAUUUGCAAAGUUGAUUGUAGCGGGGGCAUGUCGUGGAGAUCCAUAUGUGAAAUACCCAGGCUGGUACGAUAUUUUCCUUCUCUAUAGGGUCUUCGCACCAAACGUCCUCCAAUGGACAUUUCGGAUGCUAUUUGCACAUCAAGGUGCUAGGAGAACUUCAUUUAUUGGAACGGCAAGGCCUCUUCGAGAGACAUCCCCAUCCUCGUCUCCAUCACCAGCCUCAUCCUCUCCUCAGAGACUCGGAGGCCCUAUCGUGAUGCAAGAUCUGCAGAGAUUGGAAUGAAGAUACGUGUCAUGUCAUUACUUUGAUUUUCUGUGGGUUAUGUUCAAAAAUGUUUAUUUGUAAAGAUUUUGUGCAGACCAUUGUAAGAUGAUCGUUUCUACUCUCGAGCUGAAUAAAAGAAUAAACUUGGUUCCCAUUAA